AGUAAAGAAAGUUUCCUCGCGCCUACCUUACCGCUCGCGACAAGUGAAAAAAUAAAGUUUAAUUACCAAUUGCAUAAAAUUUAAACAAUAUUUUAAGUGAAUCUUGAUAAAGAUAUAUGAAGACUCAAGACUUGUAAUUGUUUUUAACAUUAAUUAUUAACUUAUAUCGUGAAAAUGGCCAUGCAACCACACAGCAAGAAAAGAGUGUGCUAUUACUACGACAGUGAUAUAGGCAAUUAUUAUUAUGGACAAGGGCAUCCUAUGAAACCACACCGCAUACGCAUGACACAUAAUUUAUUGCUCAAUUAUGGCCUAUACAGAAAAAUGGAAAUUUAUAGACCUCACAAAGCAACUGCUGAUGAGAUGACAAAGUUCCAUUCCGAUGACUAUAUACGUUUCCUUCGUUCAAUUAGACCUGACAAUAUGACUGAAUACAAUAAACAAAUGCAAAGAUUUAAUGUUGGGGAAGAUUGUCCUGUCUUCGAUGGCCUGUAUGAAUUCUGCCAGUUAUCAGCUGGAGGAUCAGUUGCUGCUGCCGUUAAGUUAAAUAAACAGGCAUCUGAAAUCUGCAUUAACUGGGGUGGUGGUCUUCACCAUGCUAAAAAAUCUGAAGCAUCAGGAUUUUGCUAUGUUAAUGAUAUUGUUCUUGGUAUCCUAGAACUGCUUAAGUAUCACCAAAGAGUACUUUACAUUGACAUAGAUGUACAUCAUGGUGAUGGUGUUGAAGAAGCAUUUUACACAACUGAUAGGGUUAUGACUGUGUCCUUCCACAAGUAUGGAGAAUAUUUCCCUGGGACAGGUGAUCUGCGAGACAUUGGCGCUGGAAAAGGUAAAUACUAUGCUGUAAAUAUCCCCCUGCGCGACGGCAUGGAUGAUGAAUCUUAUGAAUCAAUUUUUGUUCCCAUCAUUUCCAAAGUAAUGGAGACAUUCCAGCCAAGCGCAGUGGUACUACAGUGCGGCGCUGACUCACUUACAGGUGACAGACUGGGUUGCUUUAAUUUGACAGUGCGUGGUCAUGGACGUUGUGUAGAGUUAGUAAAAAGAUUUGGCCUACCAUUCCUUCUUGUUGGCGGCGGCGGGUAAGAAUUAUAUUCAUCUAUUUAAAGUCCAUUAAAGCAUUUGCAAACUUUUGUACAGAACUUUUGAAGGCAUUAAACAAUAUCACAACUUUGCAUUUUUUAUAGAAGGGUGGAAAAUUAUCACCCAGUUCACUUGAUGAUAAGUGAAUGCUUUUAUGUGACACCUACCUAUCCUCAGUCAAGUUUCGACUAAUAUGCAAGCAUCAUUAUCAUGUCAUACAGGUAUCCUUUCUGAAUGUGGAUAUUUCCUAGUUGAGCCGACCAAUAUGUGGUACAAUAAUUAUAUACUGCAGCUGCACUCCUACCAUGUUAUUUUAUAAUUGAAACAAAAAACAGUUAUUAUAAAUUUUAUUUGGUUUAUUAGAAAAACUACUGAAACCCAUUUAUUUUCUUUUUAUUCACAUAUGCCAUCGAUCACUAAUAAAAAACUAGAUGCACAAUCCCAUACAAAAGUUCUCUAAAAACUGUCGCCAAAUGUUUUGACGUAAUUGUAGUUGAUAUAAAUAUAUAUUAAUGUAAAUUCAACCUUAAGUUAAACGCCUAAAGUUGUAUUGACAAAGCAACGUACAAAAAGCAAUAAAAUUUUACGACCGAAGCUCGUCGCUUGGACAAGGAGAGUGGAGUCGAACUGCACAAUAUUUUUUGUUACUGUAAUUUUAAUUUUACAAUUUUUUUAAACUUGUUUUAAAUAAUUGGUCUACUUAAUAAAGCAUAUUCUAUACUAUUCUAUGGUGUAUAUGUGUAAUGGUUAUGUUUACAUAUCAAUUAACAAAAGAUAUAUUUCUUCCAAAAGACUGCAAUUUUCUUUUGUUUAUAAAGAGUAAAGUUGAGUAGGUAGAAUAUAGCUAGCUGACUAAACAUCUACUGACUAAUAACUAACUAAUAAAUGACAGUGUCAAAUGUGAAAGCAAAGAAAACAAAACAUUAGUAGAGAGAGUAACAAUAUUUGAGAAAAAUAGGGAAGCAUGUCGGAGUUCAUCAUGGAAUAAAAAUAUAAUUUGUAUAGUCUAUCGAUUAAAUGUUCUUAUAAUGGAACAGGCCCGUGACAGCUUAGUUCCAUUCUAUGCAACUUGGCGCUACCGUCGCAAUUUGUUCUCUGGCUACGGACGCCAUUUUAAAACGCCAUAUUGUGUUAAUUAAUGUCAAAUCAAAUUGACAAAAUUAUCGAUAUUGAUUGCCGCCAUUAUUUAUCUAAUUGUAUUGUAGCCUGAGUUAUGAGUUUAGCGCAAGUGUAUUUCCUCGCAUUUAUGUUGCAUUGAGAUCUUGGACGCAAAGUUUCCUCCGUUAUUUGUGAAAAUAAAAAUAUUCUGUUUUUGUGCUGGUCGUGUGCAUAUUGUAUACUAUCUUAACGUAAUACGAAAAGUGCUGUGUUGGUGCAGAUUCCCUAAAAACGAUAAUUUAAGAAACUUGUGGAUGUAUUUCAUAGUAUCCACAAAUUCCCAGAUCAUUGAACUUCCCAAAGAACGUUUCUCGACUAGGCAGAAAACUUCGAUAGGAACUUUUAUCCAUGCUUGCUUACUAACGAUUAAAUAGCUCAUGGCGUGCCUCUGACUGCAACAGGCGAGUAAUUUUAUUACUUAUCAUGGUACUUAAGUUUCGGCUGCUGAAAUUUGUGAUUUCUAAGUAGGUCAAGUGGACUCCAGUAAUGAAGUAUUGAACCAUACAUUUUGAAUAAAAAAUAUUUCAUCACUUUGUGAUUAUUUCACCAGCCAUUUUUAAUUAUAACUACGUAGUAUAAAGUGGCAGUCACUUAAUAAAAUUGUGUCUGUAACUAUUGAAAGACAAAAACUUAUAUAGAUGUUUGCUAUGAAAAUGUAUCCUUAUAAAAAUAUCACCAGAACAAAGCUUGC